GUCCUUAAGAAGGAGAGGAGCUACAGGACUCACAUCACAGGAUGACUCAGUGGAGUUUUUAGAAGAGGCCUUAACAAGUGGUGUGAUAAACUGAGGUGCUCAGAAGGACAUCACCAUGGGGGUGUUAACGAUGUUCCUGCUUCUCAGUGCUGCUUUUUCUUUGGGAGAUGCAUGUUUUAGGCCACACAGAUGUAAUCGGGGAUGGCACCAGUUUGGAUCCCGCUGCUUCCGUUUUGAAGAGAUUCUGAGGUCAUGGACUGAGGCAGAGCGUCACUGUCAGUCUCUUGGUGGACACCUGGCCUCCGUACACAGCUGGAAGGAGUCUAGGUUCCUGGAGACGUUGACUGUAGGUUCACCUUUGACCUGGAUUGGAGGAAAUGAUGGUGGUCGGCCAGAGUUGACAAAGGACAGGAGCUGGUCCUGGACUGAUGGAUCUGGGUUUAAUUACCAUGACUGGGCACAAGGGGAACCCAACAACUAUAAUGGUGUCAGAGAGCCGUGUAUUCAGAUGAACUUUGGAUAUGAACAUAGCUGGAACGACGAAGUCUGUGAGAAGCGCUUUGCAUCAGUCUGCUCCAGAAGCCAUUAAAUGAACUUGUUGCUGUGACAUCAUCCUGUUGAAUGUUGUGGUUGUCAAUAAAACAGCUGAACACA